AUGCGGAUCAGGAUUUUUAUCGGUGUUCUGUUUUCCGCAGCCUUUCUUACUCAAGCACUUCCAGCGCCACGACCACUGCCAACGGCACCAGGAAUUCCUUCAGAAUCUACGGCGAGGAACGAACUUGGAAGCUUAGUUGUCAAGGCCCAAGGUUCUUCAUCGGGAUACAGCCGUGAUGAAUUUAAGCAUUGGAUAACCAUCUCAGGGAGUUGCGACACGCGUGAGACUGUUCUCAAACGCGAUGGCACGAAUGUUGUCACGAGCAGUGCAUGCUCUGCUACGAGCGGUACUUGGGAGAGUCCAUACGACGGUGCGACAUGGACGGAUAAGAGCGAUGUCGACAUCGACCAUAUGGUGCCCUUGUCAAAUGCUUGGAAGUCAGGUGCAUCAUCCUGGACGGCUAGCCAGCGUCAAGCGUUCGCAAAUGACUUGACGAAUCCACAGCUGUGGGCAGUGACCGAUAACGUGAACCAGUCGAAAGGAGACAAAGGACCAGAAGAGUGGAAACCCCCGCUGGCCAGCUUCUAUUGCACGUACGCGAAAUCAUGGGUCAAAGUUAAGUCGGUAUAUGAUUUAACGGUCACGUCUUCGGAGAAGAGUGCGCUUGAGGACAUGCUGGACACGUGUUAGAAGCGGAUCUCUGCUGGAUGAUUUGGUCGUGCUCUUCGGUGCAAAUAUUAAAUAUUAUGGAGUUAUGAAAAGGCUUCAGUUUGUCACAAACACAUACCUAGGUAGUACCUAGGUACCUAUGGAAUGAAGCAAACCGGCUAUGAUUAAUCCGACCAGGU